AUGGCAGCACGACGAAAUAUCCAACCUGAAAAGACCAUUUCCGAUGCACAAGGUGGUCCGCCAAUGCAGAAUCAAGUAUCAGACACUAUGCCCGCAGUCCCAGCUCAUGUCAUCUAUAAGCUUCUCGGGUUUACGGUGGCCAUGGUAUGCGCGCCAAUAGGCUCCUAUUUUCUGACCGUCAAUGUCGUCUUCGGAGGCAACGCCACAUAUGCGGGCGCCUUUGCCGCCAUCAUGGCGAAUGUCGUUCUGGUGGCUUAUAUUGUUGUGGCCAUGCGAGAAGAUCAAACCGACAAGAUUGAAGCAGAAGAAAAGCGCAAAAAGGCUCAAUAA